UUAUUCCAAUGUAGCACCUCCAUAAUUUCAGUUAUUUUAGUUACUAGCCGGCAAAAUGAUCAAAUUCCUAGUUUGCUGUACUGUGUUAGCCGCUGUGGUGAUCGUUGUGAAAGGGAUGGGAGAUAAUAUGAUUGGUCCCGGCAGAUGGUACGUGCUCAGCAUCGCACAGUGCGAUAACAACGACCAGUACGAGCAGCAGUACUUCAUACAACGGAAGAAACUGACGCGGGACCAGGACUGCUACAACGCCAAUAUAACUCUAAAGAAUCCCUUAGACGACAACUAUGCCAUUCGCAUAGACAUAUGCAAGUUUGUGGACGGCGGCUGCAAACCGUACCAAGUCAUGAGCGACGAAAGUUUCAUACAUUUCGUCGAGAAAUUCGCGAAGGAAAAUGUGGAGGAGGCGCUGAAAAUGGCUGGCAUUGACCCCCCAAAGUUUCCGUUAGAUGCAGGCAACCACACGAUAUCAAACUACGUGUUCAAUUACGCGGAGCUGCCCGAGCAAGGCAUGUACGGCCGGUUUGGUGUCGAUCUGUACAUACUGGACGGAGGCGAGGACAUCGGCUGCGUACACCUCACCGUUAACUUCGAGAAUCGCGACGACUUGGUCAACUUAGGAUAAAUAUAUUUGUCAAUAAAAACUUCAUGGCUGUAG